AUGGCUAAGUGGGUGUCAGUGCUCAUAGCUUAUGAUUUGAAAUUUGUACAAUGGAAGGCAGUGAAAGGCGGAGCCUUGGCCGAUCAAUUAGCAGAAUUACCGGUCGAAGACCAAAUGCCGGAAAUGCUAGAGGUAGAAUUUCCUGAUGAAGACUUGUUGAGCUUGGAAAGUGAAGUCUGGGAAAUGUACUUCAAUGGAGCUUCGAACUACCAUGGAAAUGGGGUUGGAGUCACGUUGGUUUUCGGGGGAUUCAAUUUGAUAGUUUCUCAAGCCUUGAGAAAAUGGAAAAUUAAAGAAGAGCGUUUGGUUCCUUACCUACAACGUUUGGACGAAUUGGCCCAACAAUUUGAAGAUUUAUCCUUCCACUACUUACCGCGAGCCAAGAAUCAGUUCGCUGAUGCUCUGGCCACUUUGGCCUCCAUGGUCAACGUGGGAGGAGACCGAGUCAUUCGACCUCUCACAGUUCGGCUACAGAAACAGCCAGCACAUUUCAUGAAUUUGGUGGAUGACAAGCCCUGGUACUGGGAUAUACAGAAUUAUCUUCAGAAUGAAGUUUAUCCGGAGGGAUCUACCAAGACUGAUCAACGAACACUGAGACAGUUAGCAUCCGGAUAUUUCUUUACUGGGGGAGUUCUGUAUAAGAGAAGUUCGAAUGGCUUACACCUAAGGUGCGUGGAUGAGGGAGAAGCUCAAACCAUCAUGGAUUCCUUACAUAAUGGGGAGUCUGGUCCACACAUGCACGGGAUAGCCGGAGUCCGGUCCACACAUGCACGGGAUAGCUCUGUCUCGAAAAAUUAUGAACCUGGGUUAUUACUGGUCGACUAUGACUGCAGAUUGCGUGAGGCACGCGCGGAAGUGCCAUGA